UAGGUCGCAGUUAGUUCUGUAGUAAUUAUAAUACAGUUGUGCUACUGGUUUGCUGCUCAACCAACAAUAACCACAACCAUGAGUGUCUCUGCAAGAGUGUACUACAUUGUUGGUGCUGUCGUUUUGGGAGUCGUCGGAAGCCUGAUACUAUUUGGCAUCAAGCUGUGUCUGUUUCUAUGCAAGGAAGGAGGAGUGGAAAGGAACAUAGAGAGCUUCGAUUCAAUCCCUCCCAAAUCUCUCUAGUAGAGCGGACUGGA